CAAGUAUGUCGAAGACGAUAUACUAAAAAAUAAAUAGAAAAACCAGCGAUAGGAGGAAAAAAUCUCGAAUGAGUGAGGUAACAAGCCCGUCUUCGGAAAAGAUGGACAUUUCCGAUGUUUCCGACGAAUCUAGUCAUGAAAACACAAACACUAGUCAAGUCUUGCGGCUUUCCAACCCCAUUACUAGCGAAAUAUUGGAUAAUGAAAGGCUGGAUAACAUUAAAUACGAUCACAAUAACUCUGUUUUCUCAGAUAGAAAUAUUUCAACUACAAAAAAUGCAACGAAUUCUCACCCCUUGAUGUAUUCACCCACAUCCCCAAAAUCUUCAGAUUUUCCAGAUUUAAUACCAGAAAAACCGAAAGCAAAGAAACCUUCAUUUUUACCGCAGGCACACAGUACUGCUUUGGAGAAUAGUACUGAGUCACACCAGUUUGAAUAUCAUUUCAAUAUUGACUUACCAAUGGACGAGUACAAUGAAAAGUUACCAGAUUUUCCAGAUAGUCCAUCUGCUUUAAAAAAAUCAUUAAUGUACGAUUUACCAGUGGAAAUGGUUGCACAUGAUAUACCCAGUGAUAAUGAAAAUGAAAAUGAUAAAUCGAUCUAUGAAGCACAUUUAAGUUCUAAUUUACAGAAUGUUUCCCUUACCAUGAAUGAAAAAGAAGGAAAUUUAAAUUUUCUGGCACACAAUAAAAGAAGCAAUAAACUAAGAAUAAUAAAAGUCUUGCCAAUUGAAUCUGAUCAAGAAAGCGAUGUUUCUUCUUUAGACAGCAAUCCUGAUAGCUUGAAGUCUGAAGACGUUUUUAACGGAGAAACUGAAAAUGGUAAAGAUAAUCUGGAAAACGAUGAUAACAUCUCUCCUGAGCCAAUCGAGCCUCUAAGUGCGGCAGAUGAGCGUCGACACGCCAGGUAUUGGCAGCGGAUGGUGUUGCCUGGUGGAGAACAACGCACUAUUGAUAUGCGUGUUAUCGAACCUUACAAAAGAGUGCUCUCUCAUGGUGGAUACCUCAGAGCAGGAGGCCACACUGCUAUUGUGCUGUUUUCCGCUUGCUUCUUACCUGAUAGGUCGAGAGUGGAUUAUGAUUAUGUGAUGGACAACCUGUUCCUAUAUGUACUUUGGACUUUGGAACGUUUGGUUACCGAAGACUACGUUCUUGUAUAUCUACAUGGUGCUGCAGCUAAGUUACCUUCAUUUAGUUGGCUCAAGAGAUGUUACCAAAUGAUUGGGAGAAAAUUAAGAAAGAACCUGAGCCACUUGUACAUUGUGCAUCCUACUUUGUGGAUAAAGACCAUGCUUUUUAUGGCUAAACCUUUCAUAAGCUCCAAAUUUUAUAGGAAGAUAACUUUCGUGGCGACACUACGUGAAUUGAUGAUUCGUGUCCCUCUAGAGGCAGCUGCCAUUCCAGAUAAGGUUAAAGCUUACGAUAGUUUGCACUGUAGUGCUUAGUUCCCUGAUGACAUAUUGUCACGCCUUGCCUACCAAUUUUAGAUAUUAAAACAUUCCCAAAGCUUUACAUCGUAUUACAGCCAAUCACUUUGGUUUUUAUACAUCGAAUCUUUCAUAUGUUUUUAUAUGUUUUUAAUGGUGCAGACAGGUAAAAGGUGUUACGGGUUCCACUUUUGUUUUUUUUUGUAGUUUCCAAGGCGGUACAAUACCUUUUUGCAAAUGAAAAUUUCUUUUCUUAUAAAACUGUCAUGGAA